AUGGUGUUAUACUUAAUCCACGAUAAUGCCGUCGGAUUUUCCUUAUUCGAAGUUAAGGAAUUCGAUGAAGCCCAAGCUAAGGUUAAAUAAAUCUAAAAAUAGAUUAUCGAUUUCUCCUCCUUCUCCUAAAUGUGCCAACUUAAGGCUUUCCACCCUUUCCUCAGUGCUGAUUCUGCUAGAGAUGCUGCUUAAAAUGUUGGUUGUGGUGAAUUGACUGAAGAUCUUAAAAACUUCAUUGAAGAAAAUAUCCCUAAAUCAAAGAAGAAGGGUAAAAUUCAAAUUGGUGUUUUGGACAGUAAAUUAGCCUAAAAGAUGAAUGACCAAUUACAAUACGAAACUAUCACUGGUGAUAUUGUUUUCGAAUUAUUCAGAGGCAUUCGUAUGCACCUUGUCAAUUUCUUAAAGAACGAAAACUUCAAGGAAGAAGAUUUGAUUAAAGCUCAAUUGGGUUUGGCUCACAGCUGGUCCAGAAAUAGAAUCUAAUUCGAUGUCAAGAGACAAGAUAAGCCUAUCAUCAAUUGUAUUGCAGUCUUAGAAUAAUUAGAUAAGGAUGUUAAUACUUUGUGCAUGAGAAUUAAGGAAUGGUACGGAUGGCACUUCCCCGAACUUGCCAAGAUCGUCACUGAUAACGAAGUCUACACUCGUUUAGUCGAUUUAUUUGGACCCAAAACCAAUGCUACUCAAGAUAUGCUUGAAAAGGUUGAAGAAAUUGUUAUCGAUGCUGAUAUCUCCUAAUAGGUUAUCGAUGCUGCUAAAACUUCUGCUGGUCAAGAUCUUUCCGAAAUGGAUAACACUUGCUUAAAGGAAUUAUGCGGUAAAAUCAUCAAGUUAAUCGACUUCAGAAAAGGUAUCUAAUCUUAUUUGAAGAGCAAAAUGGACGCCGUCGCUCCUAACUUGACCUCUUUGAUUGGUGAAGGUGUUGGUGCCAAGCUUAUUUCUCACGCUGGUGGUCUCUCUAACUUAGUUAAAUACCCCGCUUCCACUGUCUAAAUUCUUGGUGCUGAAAAGGCUUUGUUCUAAGCUCUCAAGAAGAAGGCCAAUACUCCUAAAUACGGUUUGUUGUUCCACUCAACUUUCAUUGGUAAGGCUGAUGGUAAAAACAAAGGUAAAGUUUCUAGAUAUCUUGCUAAUAAAUGUUCUAUGGCUGCCAGACUUGAUUACUUCUUGGUUAACCCCACCAACAGAUUCGGUGAAAGAAUGAAAACUUAAGUUGAAGAUAGAUUAAAAUUCUUGACCAGUGGUGGUGAAUCUGCUAAAAACAUCGACGCUAUGCAAGAAGUCUUAGAAGAAUUAAAACAAGAAAAUUUGUAUGUUGAAAGCGAAGAACAAUUAAAGAAAAAGAGUAAAAAGGAUAAGAAGAAAAAAAAGAAAGCUUCAGUUGAAAUCUAAGAAUUAGAAGAGGAAGUUGAAGAAGUUGAAAAGAAGAAGAAGAAAAAAAAGAAAGCUUCCGUUGAACUCUAAGAAUUAGAAGAAGAAGUUGCUGAAGAACAAGUUGAAAAGAAGAAGAAGAAAAAAAAAUCUAAGGAAGAGUGA